AUGGAAAUGUCGUCUGCGGUUCAACUUCUAGAAUGGAACGAAAAACUUCUAUCCUUGCUGGGUCUUUGGCCACUCAGUCAUAACGACACGCGGUUUACCCUCGGUCUAAUUUGUUUACUGAUUCAUGUGACUUUAGAAUACGUAGACCUUUACAAACUCGGCAAAAAUUUUGAACACGUCGUGGCGAAUCUAUCCGAAAAUAUAACGUACACGACGAUCCUGGUUCAAGUGAUUCUUCUACGUGUUAACAGCCGGCAACUGGGACAAGUAAUCCGGGCGGUUAACGAAGAUUUUGUCGAGAUAAAUUAUAAAACAACUCUGGAAAAAAAAGUCCUUCUAGACAACUAUAAGAAGAUCCGGGUAUUCGUUGCAGUAGCAGUAACGUUGACACUCUCUACGGCAGUUACUUAUUACCUGGCACCUCUCGUUGGUCUGCUAGCAACCAAUUUAUACCGCAGAUGGUAAAAUGCAAUUGCUGUCUCAGUGAAAGGAAAUUCAACAAUGGAGUUAAAAUUGCCGUACCACACGUAUAUAU